UUGUGGUGCUAUUCAUUAAUUAGAAAUUUUGUAAGAGAUGUCUACAUAAAGGAAAUGCAAAAAUGUGAGCAUUAGGUCUAUUUAGUGCAAGCCAUUAGAUGUGCUUUGUGUACUGAUCAAUAAAUGAUUGUCACAUAAGUGAUACAAGUUGAAGGUGGAUCACUGUAUGAUGUCUUUGUGCGGGAGUUGGGAUUACGCCACUGUGGUAGUAGCAAUGGAACCCAGAAGGGGUCCUAACAGCAGCACAGGUCCUGGAUUUGCUCGAAGUGCGAGGAUUGAAGGAAGUGUGUCCAGAAUUCCUGCAAGUCUCACAUCGGCUGCUGUGCCAGGCUCGUCCAUAAUGAGUUCCUUAUCCUCCUACACUUCAGAUGGGCACUAUGAUCACUCCUUUAACAAUUUGUCGUCACUUCAGAGCAAUGCGACACCUGACAUUCUGAACAAUGAGAUGCGCAGUGUUGACUUGGGCCCGCCGGAGAAGGAAUGCUUCAAACUUAUCAAUGAACAGGAGCAGUUGCAGGUCAAGGAUGCAGAUGACCUGCUCAAGAAAAUGGGCUGCCAGAACCAGUCAGACCUCCAGGUCAAGGUGAUCUCCAUCUUUGGUAACACCGGGGAAGGGAAGUCUCACACCCUAAACCAGAUCUUCUUUCGAGGAGCAGAAGUAUUUCCAACCAGUUCGAAUCAGGCAUCAUGCACUCUUGGUGUGUGGGGAGCAUUUGACCCCAACACCAAGGCCUUAGUCCUGGACACCGAAGGAAUGCUCGGAAUUAGUAGCAGUGCUAAACAACGCAAACGCUUGUUGUUAAAGGUGCUAGCAGUCUCUGACGUUAUCAUUUACCGAACUCGGUCGGAGCGGCUCAAUACUGAUAUGUACAAAUUUUUGGCAGAAGCAUCACGAGCCUACACAAAAUACUUUCGUGAUGAUCUCGAGGCGGUGGCCCGUAAAGCAGAGUGUGAUUGCAUUUUUGGUCCUCCAGUUUACAUCUUCCAUGAUACCCGACAUACAAGUGUUUUAAUGGGAGAUAAAGGUCAGAAACCAGAAGAACAGCUAAAGGAAAAUUUCACAAAGCAGAACUUAAAAAUAGACGGGUUCAACAGCCUGCACUACAUUGGGGAACGUAAUAACGGGAACGAAACGGACUUCAAGAGAAUCCAAGAGGCGGUUUUUAAUGAGAUACGAAAAAAAGGGUUUGUUCUCCCAAAGACAAAGAUGUGUUUGACAUGUUUGGGAAAAAAAACAAUAAACAAAAAAUUCAGUGGGCAUAUCCAGAGCACUGAACCAGCAUUCCCUGAUGAAUACUUCACAUGUACGAGUGUGUGCUCUGCCUGCCAGUCACGUUGCUGUCUCUUCAUGAACCAUGCAACUCAUGACAAUGGUUCGAAAGACCAUGAGGCCGAGCGGCAGUGCAAGUAUCAUCAUCAGUUUGAAAAUAAGAUAUUCUUGUGCAAAAAAUGUGAUAGUGAGGGUGAAAGACGCAUUGUAGUUCCCAAAACAUCCUCUGCAAAAGACAAUACAUGGCUGGGUCUUGCCAAAUAUGCUUGGUCUGGGUAUGUUCUGGAGUGUGAAAAGUGUGGAAUCAUCUAUCGGAGCCGCCAGUAUUGGUAUGGAAAUGAGUCUCCUGACCGAUCUGUUGUGAAGGAAGAAUACCAGCAUGUGUGGCCGGGGAGUAUCAUGGGGAGUGCAGCUCAUGCAGGUCGACAGGUCUUGGAAGGUGUUGCUGCUUUGGGGUCAGCUCUGUCUACCAUCUCAGCGCCUCCAGCCAAGGUGGUGUCGUCUUGGCUCACGGAUCAGGUCAACCCAGCUUACUGGACGCCAAAUCAUCUGUGCACACACUGUAAGCUGUGUCAUGAACCCCUGACCACCAUUCACCACUGCCGUAAGUGUGGUGAGGGCUUCUGCGAUGCCUGUUCUGACGCCACUAUGCCAGUACCAGAAAGGGGCUGGGGAGAUGAGCCUGUCAGGGUGUGUAAGAACUGCCUUCAAUCCAGAAAAAACUUGGAAGAGCAGGCUGAAGCCUUUGUCUGUAAUGGUGAUGACCGGACUGUUCGUGCCCGCCAAGUUAGUGAAGUCAUCUCAGGAACACUGGCAUCAGUGGCAAAAUAUCCCAUAGAAUUCCUGAAAGACACGACACGGCCAUCAUACUGGAUACCAGAUGAAUUGAUAAAGAGUUGUAAUGUGUGCGGUAAAGCUUUUGGGCCGAGAUUGACCCUGCACCACUGCCGGGCAUGUGGGCAGGGAGUGUGUGAUAUGUGCUCCCCCAACCUACGGCCGGUCAAGGAAAGAGGUUGGGAUCACCCAGUUAGAGUCUGCAACACCUGCAUCAAAUAGUGAACAGAUCGACAUAACUUUGGUAUAAUGUAUAUGUUUUAGGUAAAUUAUGCUGCCUAUUUUUUCAGAUUUUAAUACUGUCAUGGGAAAAACAAAUAAACAAACAAACACCCUCAGGAAAUAAGCAUCAUUUUUUU